UAAAAUGGAAAGUGUGAAAGCGUCCGCGCCCGAGUAGACGAGAUUAGAGGGCGCAACAAGUCUGGCAACUGGGAGUUUACAGUAAGAGGUCGAACUGAAACGUGUUGAGCGAGUCGAGCUAGACCGAUCUCAGUCUGUGGCCGGUUUGUGUAGGAAGGUGUCGUACAGUCCGGUUCCUUGUCGUUGUGUUCGCGAUUUAACCAAGGACCCAGCUGUUUUAGGUCUAGCCUAAAUGAACGUCACUGCAUCAAGGUGCGUUUUCAACUAACGUUCUGCCUAGGCAUGGCGUAGUUCUUGCGGGGUUUUUUUUUCUCUCCAAUGAAAAAAAAAAAAGUGAAAACAACAAUCUCAGGAAUCUAAGUGUGACAAGGAUGGAAUAAAGAGGAGAUUCAGAGAGCUUCGGAAAUAGUAUGUUCAUUAUACAAAGACAAGCUGCAGAUAUGCGUUUUAUCGAUCGACCUUGACAAUCAAGCACAUUUUGCAGAAUUUUCCUAAAGUUGAUUUUAAUUUGCAAACAUAUCGACAAGUAUAAAAUGGGCAGGUGUCGCUCCAGGUAUGUGGUCUUUGUAGCCGUUAUUUUACUGAACUUGUUGCAUCUAGGUAGCUCGCAGAGUAUCAAUGGCCCUAGACGCAGGUUUGAGAACGCGCCAUCUGGCUUAUCAGCCGAUGCAGAAGAAGAACAGCAGAGAGCGUCAGAACGUCAGAAGGUUUCCGUCAGUGGCACAGCAACUUCCCUAAUGGAGGCUGAGGGAAGGAAGAAGAGCAAUAACACGGGAUUUGAAGAAGUGGACAUAGACCUCAGAGACUCUGAUGAUUCCCCCGGCCCGGCGUAUGUUGAAUCUGACGUAGACCUAGCAAAAAUUGACAACGAUCCCGAUCCGCCGCAUUUUGUGAAUGGCCACACGGGUGGGUCAGUACACAACCAGGAAAUACAUUCUGCUGGAAACAGGAAGGUUAUCCCGACAGAUGCAAAAGCAGGCAAAAAGACACAGCUAAGAAAGGGCCUCCACAUCUACACGACAGACUGGUCACGUGACUCCUCUCAAUGGAGCUUCAAAGGCGGAGAGUGGUCUCUGGUCACUUUGCCCGAUGCAGAGAACCACCCGGGGUUGCCAGCUCCCCCGGUCCCCGGUCCUGCUCUCGUUGUGGUAACAGAGAAUUCUCUCAGCAAGGUGUAUGCUUCACGCGAUUUGGAGCAGUUAGAGAACGUUACCCUCCACUACAGUUACUACCUGUCUGAGGGAGAACCUCCGCACGGCGUUCCUGAACUCGACGUAUAUCAAGUCAAGGAUGACCAAACCCGUCUAGUGAGUUCAGAAAGCACUCAUGGUGACUGGUCUGAGAGCACAAUUUCACUUCCUUUCUCAGGCUCUUCCAAGAUUGUUUUUGUUGGUCGGCUGAAUAAAAAGGGCAAUGAAAUUGCUAUAGAUGACAUAACUAUCAGAGGAUACAGUGGCACCAGCAGUGAGGCAGCAAUCAAAGAGAAAAAAAUCGAAAAUGACACAAGUAAAAAUAGCGAAGAAGAAAACCCGUCCAUGACAAGGAAGGCAAAUACUUCAUCUGAUACAGAUGGAGAAACUAAACUUGAUGAAAGUGACCCAAGCAUCACUGAUAUUCAAAAUACACCAAGAAAUAGUGUAACCGAAGGAGAAACCCCUCAAGAAUCAAGUUUUGCAUCUGAGAAGGAAGAAGAAGCAGCUGGAAAAUCAACUAUGUCGGAGAAAUCAGACAAGAGUGAGCAAGGUACAACUAAGUCAAUGAUCCCUGAUUUGUCAACAAGUUCCAGUAAUUUAGCACAAGGUAACGAUACUUAUACACUGUCAGGCAAUAAUACUGGGAUUGGUGAUGGAUCUAACAGUAAUAAUUCUUUAAGCAGCGCUGAUAAAGUACAGCGUCUUAACGAGACAUUUCUCCCAGUGACGACGGAUAGUGCCAUCGAAACUGAUAAAACUUUGAAUGAAGCUGAUGAGCUCAUUCAUGAUUAUGAAUCAAAUUCUGGUAACGAAACAAAUGAGAAUUUGGAAGAAGUUCCAGAGACCAACAGUAGCUCUACUGAUUCAACAGAAGUGCCCCAAACCAAUCUGACAAACUUGAGUUAUUUUACGACAGAUGAUGUGAAAGUCGCUGGAGAAGAGAAUGACACUGAUGUAUCAGAAGUUACUAACUUUAAUUCCUUAGUUACAGACAGUGUUUCUAAUGAUAAUGAUGAUGAUACUGACACCAAUAACUAUUCUCCAAAUGCCACGCUAACCUCUGAGACUUUAGAUAAAGAGACAUCUGCUCCAUCUAAUGAGACAGGCCCUGAAGUAACAACUAACCCUUCUAAUCUAACAGGAUAUAUACUAGGUAAUAACUCUACUGGUGAAGUUAAUGUCACAGUCAGUAGUAGUGUAACAGCCAUUUUAGCCACAGUUGGCCCUCAUAAUGCUUCUUCAGCAACAACUCAAUCUAAUAAGACAGACUCUGAAGUAACAACUAACCCUUCUAAUAUAACAGGAUAUAUACUAGGUAAUAAUUCUACUGGUGAAGUUAAUGUCACAGUCAGUAGCAAUGUAACAGCCAUUUUAGCCACAGUUGGCCCUCAUAAUUCUUCUUCAGCAACAACUCAACCUAAUAAGACAGUCUCUGAAGUAACAACUAAUUCUUCUAAUAUAACAGGAUAUGUAGGUAAUAACUCUACUGGUGGCUUUCCCAUUGCAUCUUCAACAACUGCUCCAUUUAAUGAGACUGGACCUGAAGUAACAACUAAUUCUUCUAAUCUAACAGGAUAUAUAGGUAAUAACUCCACUGGUGAAGUUAAUAUCACAGUCAACAGUAAUCUAACUGCCAUCUUAGUCACAGAUGGCCCUACUAACGCUUCUUCAACAAGUUUGCCAGAUCAGGGAAAUAGCAGUGAAAGUGCCAUUACAACCCCUCUAAUAAUGACUUCUUCCGAAUUCCCCUCAGGCAGUAUCAAUGCAUCAUCAGGAGUAACGACAAACAAAGAAAAUGUAACUAUCGCUACGGCUGGAGGUGCAGAGGGAAGUAGCAGUAGUUCGUGGAGUGUCUUCAAGAUUUUCUUGAUCAUCGGCCUUUUAGGUGUGACAGUCAUGGGAUUCCUCUACUGGCGCCGUCAACGGCGCCGCGAUGACGAGGUCCCGGUAUUCUCGAGGACGUCACAAGCAGACUACCUGAACCCCAGCUUCUCUGAUGAUGACUCCAAUUUUGCAUCCAGAGGAACAAGCCACAACUACAAGUCUUUUAAUUAGCCAUCGUUCGUUUGACCUUAAAUGAAACUAUCCGAUGACUGGAUGGUUUUAACAAUAAUUAGUUUGUACAGAUAUAUAUUUUUUUUUCAUCCCCAGUGACCCAAUCCUCCUUCCUUUCUUCAGUCUUAUUCUCCAACACCUCUCUAGUGCAACCACGAGGCUUUUUCCUAGUUCCACCUUUAGAUCCUUGUACUUCCUCUCCUUAAUUUUCUGUCCAACCAUUCCGACUCCCUCUUCUCACUGUCUUAGGGCUCUAUGAUCGAACAUGACCCAGUUCUUGGCUUGACAGCCUAAAUUUCAUGAAUCAGUCUUUCCCAAUGACAUAUGAUAAAUGACAAAAUGCCAUACAUUGUAGUGAUAUAUUUAUCAUGUAUAGUCUAGUUUAAGCUUCAUAUAUCAUUAUUGCUGAAACAGACAAUUUUGCCUGGAGUGAGUUAAAAGGAUAAUCAUUAUAAAGACCUAUUUGCAAAUUACUGAGCUUAUUGAUUGUGGCAGUUCCUCGAAGUGCAGAAGUGUAGCAGCAUUCAGCUGUGAAAAGAUAGAACUUCGAGGCAGCGAGUUCGUUGAGGCCCUGUCCUUAAAUAUAUUAAUCACGUUUGUUUUUA